CCGGUAAAGGGUUCGCGGUCUCGGUGUGGGCUCCUCUUCUUCUUCUCCCUCCUCCUCCUCCUCCUCGUUUGCUCUCCUCCCGCCACACGAACGCCCUCUUCGUUCUCUCGGGGCCCUGCCACCGGAGGGGACCGGCGCUUCGCCUGGCCGAAAAGCCAGAAGUUGUGCCGAAGAGGGAGGGAAGCGCUUCCCCCUCGCCCCGCCGCGGGCUGAGCGCUCCCCCUCGGAGCCGGAGCGGCUUUGGCACCCGCUUCCCGGGAUCGUCCUCGCCCGGUUUCUCCUUGGGAGCGGGCGGGCGAUGCAGGCCCCUGGGGCCGUGCGGCAGAAGAGGAGGCGGACGCCCGGGCGCGCCUAGAGCCUCGGCAGGCGGCAGCGGGCCGGCCAGACGGACGCGCUUGGGCUGGGCUGUGAGGAGGGGCGCGCGGGGCCAUGGAGCCGUGAGCGCCCCUUCUUCCCCCGCUCCCCGCGCAGAGCCCCGCAGCCAGGUUCCCCCAUGGCCGGCACUUACAGCUCUACCCUGAAGACUCUGGAGGACUUGACCUUGGACUCUGGCUAUGGGGCCGGGGACUCCUGUCGCUCUCUUAGCCUGUCCUCCUCCAAGUCCAACUCGCAGGCGCUCACGUCGUCGGCGCAGCAGCACCGGGGGGCGGCCUGGUGGUGCUAUUCGGGCUCCAUGAACAGCCGCCACAACAGCUGGGACACCGUGAACACCGUGCUGCCCGAGGACCCCGAGGUGGCCGACCUCUUCUCGCGCUGCCCGCGGCUGCCGGAGCUGGAGGAGUUCCCCUGGACGGAGGCGGACGUGCUGCGGGUGCUGCGCAAGGGGGCCGGGGCGCGGCGGCCGCCCCACUUCUCCGCCGAGGCCGGGCGGCGCGUGGCGGUGCUGCUGCGUCGGGCGCUGAUCCGCGUGGCCCGCGAGGCGCAGCGCCUGAGCGUCCUCCACGCCAAAUGCACCCGCUUCGAGGUGCAGAGCGCCGUGCGCCUCGUCCACAGCUGGGCGCUGGCCGAGAGCUGCGCGCUGGCCGCCGUGAAGGCGCUGUCCUUCUACAGCAUGAAUGCGGGCGACGGGCUGCGCCAGGGCAAGUCGGCGCGCUGCGGCCUCACCUUCUCCGUGGGCCGCUUCUUCCGCUGGAUGGUGGACACGCGCAUCUCCGUUCGCAUCCACGAGUACGCCGCCAUCACGCUCACGGCGUGCAUGGAGAACCUGGUGCAGGAGAUUCGGGCCAGGGUGCUGGCGGCCAGCCAGAGCCCCGACGGCGGGAGCGGGGAGGUGUCUGCAGAGGCUCUGGAGAUGGUGAUCAACAACGACGCCGAACUCUGGGGGGUCCUGCAGCCCUACGAGCAUCUGAUCUGCGGCAAGAACGCCAACGGUGUCCUCUCCCUGCCUGCAUACUUCAGCCCUUACAAUGACGGCUCCAUGGGCAACGAUGAGCGAGCAGAUGCCUAUGCCCAGCUGGAGCUCCGGACAUUAGAGCAGUCCUUGCUGGCCACCUGUGUUGGGAGCAUCUCUGAACUGAGUGAUCUGGUGUCCCGGGCUAUGCAUCACAUGCAGUGCCACCAUCCUCUGUGCCCAGGCACCAGCCCGGCCCGCCAGGCCCGCCAGCCGCAGCAGCCCAUCACCUGGUCUCCCGACGCCCUCCACACGCUCUACUAUUUCCUGCGCUGCCCACAGAUGGAGUCCAUGGAGAACCCCAACCUGGACCCGCCAAGAAUGACCCUGAAUAAUGAACGGCCCUUCAUGCUCCUCCCUCCCUUGAUGGAAUGGAUGCGUGUAGCCAUCACCUAUGCGGAACACCGUCGCAGCCUGACCGUGGACAGCGAUGACAUCCGGCAGACAGCUCGACUACUCCUGCCUGGCCUGGACUGUGAGCCCCGGCAGUUAAAACCGGAAUGUUGUUUCAGUUCCUUUCGGAGACUCGAUGCCAAAGCAGCCACUGAGAAAUUCAACCAAGACCUUGGUUUCCGGAUGCUCAACUGUGGGAGGACAGAUCUCAUCAACCAGGCCAUUGAAGCGCUGGGGCCCGAUGGGGUUAACACAAUGGAUGACCAGGGGAUGACCCCACUGAUGUACGCCUGUGCUGCCGGGGAUGAAGCAAUGGUCCAGAUGUUGAUAGACGCUGGAGCAAACUUGGACAUCCCAGUCCCGAGCAGUUCACCCCGAUACCCGUCUGUCCACCCUGACAGCCGACACUGGACCUCACUGACCUUUGCUGUGCUCCAUGGGCAUAUCUCUGUUGUUCAGCUGCUCCUCGAUGCCGGUGCCCAUGUGGAGGGCUCUGCGGUAAACAGCGAGGAGGAGAGCUACGCAGAGACACCCUUGCAGCUGGCCUCUGCAGCAGGGAACUAUGAGCUGGUCAGUUUACUGCUGAGCCGGGGAGCUGACCCUCUCCUGAGCAUGCUAGAAGCCAAUGGGAUGGCCUCCUCACUGCAUGAGGACAUGAACUGCUUCAGCCACUCAGCAGCCCACGGGCACAGAAACGUCCUGAGGAAGCUCCUGACCCAGCCACAGCAGUCAAAGGCUGAUGUGCUCUCGCUGGAGGAGAUCUUGGCUGAGGGUGUGGAGGAGAGUGACACCUCCAGCCAGGGCAGUAGCAGCGAGGGCCAGAUCCGGCUCUGCAGGACCAGGAUGAAGGCGCUGCAGGAGGCCAUGUACUACAGUGCCGAGCAUGGCUACGUGGACAUCACCAUGGAGCUGAGGAUGCUUGGUAUUCCCUGGAAGCUCCACAUCUGGAUCGAGUCGCUGCGGACGUCCUUCUCUCAGUCUCGCUACUCCGUGGUCCAGAGUCUGUUGAGAGAGUUUGGCACCAUCAAAGAAGAGGACUAUAAUGAGGAGCUGGUGACCGAGGGUCUCCAGCUCAUGUUUGACAUCCUUAAGACCAGCAAAAACGACUCCAUCAUCCAGCAGCUGGCCGGCGUCUUCACACACUGCUACGGCAGCAGCCCCAUCCCCAGCAUCCCGGAGAUCAGGAAGACCCUGCCGGCCCGGCUAGAUCCUCAUUUUCUGAACAACAAGGAGAUGUCGGACGUGACCUUCCUGGUGGAAGGGAAGCUGUUUUACGCACACAAAGUCCUGCUGGUGACGGCUUCCAACAGGUUCAAGACCCUGAUGACCAAUAAAUCAGAGCAAGGUGGCGAUAGCAGCAAGACCAUCGAAAUCAGCGAUAUGAAGUAUAACAUUUUCCAGCUGAUGAUGCAAUAUCUCUACUAUGGAGGAACAGAGUGCAUGGAAAUCCCCACCGCUGACAUCCUCGAGCUGCUGUCGGCCGCCAGCCUGUUCCAGCUGGACGCCCUUCAGAGACACUGUGAGAUCAUGUGCUCGCAAACCAUCAGCAUGGAGAGCUCCGUUAACAUCUACAAGUAUGCCAAGAUCCACAAUGCCCCCGAGCUGGCCUUGUUCUGCGAGGGCUUCUUCCUGAAGCACAUGAAGGCCCUGCUGGAGCAGGACUCUUUCCGGCAGCUUAUCUACGGCCGCAGCAGCAAAGUGCAAGGUCUGGACCCUCUGCAAGACCUCCAGAACACACUGGCCGAACGCGUGCACUCGGUGUACAUCACCUCCCGCGUGUGAAGAGGCACCCCUGGCCCCCCCUCGCGGCAGCACCUUCCUGGCAGAUCUCCGGCGUCCCAAGGCUGCCUGCUGCCCACCAGCCUGGCCCACCUUCCCACAGUGGGAAGGGAAACGGCUUGGCUUCCACACACUCAUGCCAGGAGGCAUCAAUGGCAACUGACCCACCAAUAUUUCCAGGGGACGGUCAGCCCUUGGGGGCAGGGUUCACUGUCCUGAACACAGCAAAGACUCUAUGGGGAAGGAGAGGAUUAGGGCAAAGGCUAGCCAGGAGGUCACCAGCCCACGUUAUCCAUGGGAAUCCCAAUGCCCACAGCAGGGUGGCAAGUCCCACACCUCACAGGUCGUGUACAUAUCUCUAGGCUUCUGCCCAUCUCGGUCAGCCCCGGUUCAGGCUAGCCCUGGAGACCGCUCACUUAGCCCAAAGGGUCGAUGCUCUUAUGCGGCCAAACAAGGGGUCUUCGUUCCCUCCUCCCCCCUGUUAUGUCAGCACCAAAAAGCUAGGAGCUCCUCCCCCGAUCCUUACACUCACACCCCCUUUGUAGGCAGACACGGCUUAGGAGGGUGUUCUAUUCCUUAGCAGAUGUGGAGUGCCCCUGGAGCCGCCUUUAGCUGUGCUCUGCUGGGGCUAACGGGCCUCUCCUGUAGCCCACGCCCAAGCACCCUCCAUCUCUCCCUCUCCGUUGUAUUCUGUGCAUUCACCUGAGUGAGGACAAGGACUGUUAAGGCGAUGGGGGCACCUGACUGUGGCCAUCACAGCUGGUGAACCAAGGAAGAUCUUCUAAAGCCCCUGCUCUUGAGAGGAGCCGCCUGGGCUCCCUACGGGGCUGGACUUUCCCUAGAGAUGUUCACUUAGUGAGUCUCUCCCGUGUUCUUCUGCUUUGGAUAAGUCAGAACAGACCCCUGCCAGUGACAGCCAGAAACUUGUCUUCUCAAGACAAUGGGGGUGGAUGGGGUGAACCUGGUUUUUAGUCUGAAGGGAAAGGAAAGGAAGUGGAGGAAGGUUGGAGAUAAGGUGAGAAAGCAAGAGGGGGCUUACACGCUUGCUUCUCUGGACUUCACGGUCUUCAGGGAACAUUGGCAGUGGUGAGAGUUCAGGUGUAGAUGGAGAUUGAAGCUGAGCAUUGAUUGAUAGGCCUUUCUAGGCCAAGACCAUUGCUCCUGGCUCAGUCUUUUUGUCUUGGGAAUGGAGAUAAGAAGGAAAAGGACCCUACAUUUCUUGGCAAGUCCCAUGAGAUACAACUGGCAGGAAGGAAGACUACACCACAGUGGGUAAUGGAUGAGAAAGGCGGGGAGUCUGCAGCAUCCCAUCCCCUAGUCCAGGAGUCCACAUCAAACACACCCUCUGCUCACUGGCCUCCUAGAUUCUGAGAAAGCCAGGCCUCCUGAACUCGUUCCAAGGAUGGACCAGAACACAGAUGGAAUAGUUGAUGGGCAACUGAGUCUGUGGUUGGCCAACCUGUGCUUUCUCAGAAUUCUAACAAUUUAUUUAUUCACCCAGUGCCACCCAUGGGCUUUUGGGAGGGAGUGUCCUUGUCCCCAGGGAAGCCUGGGGAGAAAAAGCCCUGAAUGGCUUGAAAUACUGGAAAAUAAUUUUCAAAUAGCUGCUUCGGCAAGAUGUACAAAGGCAUAGGUAUUAUUUUAUUGCUGUAAUAUUGUAUAUGUUAACUGUACAUUAAUUCAUGUUGUCAUUUAUUGUAAAUGUAUCAGGGUUUUAUUAACA